AUGGCGCCGCUGCUCAAGGACGAGCUGGACAUCGUGAUCCCGACGAUCCGGAACCUGGACUUCCUCGAGAUGUGGCGUCCCUUCUUCCAGCCGUACCACCUCAUCAUCGUGCAGGACGGCGACCCGGCCAAGACGAUCAAGGUCCCCGACGGCUUCGACUACGAGCUCUACAACCGCAACGACAUCAACCGGAUCCUCGGCCCCAGGUCCUCCUGCAUCUCCUUCAAGGACUCCGCCUGCCGCUGCUUCGGCUACAUGGUCUCCAAGAAGAAGUACAUCUUCACCAUCGACGACGACUGCUUCGUGGCCAAGGACCCGUCGGGGAAGGACAUCGACGCGCUGGCGAAGCACAUCCAGAACCUGCUCUGCCCAUCCACGCCGCUCUUCUUCAACACGUUGUACGACCCUUACGCGGAGGGCGCCGACUUCGUGCGCGGGUACCCGUUCAGCCUCCGGGAAGGGGUUCCGACGGCCGUGUCCCAUGGGCUCUGGCUCAACAUCCCCGACUACGACGCCCCCACGCAGCUGGUCAAGCCCCGGGAGCGGAACGGCAGGUACGUCGACGCCGUCAUGACCAUCCCCAAGGGCACCCUCUUCCCCAUGUGCGGCAUGAACCUCGCCUUCCGCCGCGACCUCAUCGGCCCCGCCAUGUACUUCGGCCUCAUGGGCGACGGCCAGCCCAUCGGCCGCUACGACGACAUGUGGGCCGGCUGGUGCGUCAAGGUGAUCUGCGACCACCUGGGGUUGGGAGUCAAGACGGGGCUGCCCUACAUCUGGCACAGCAAGGCCAGCAACCCGUUCGUGAACCUCAAGAAGGAGUACAAGGGCAUCUUCUGGCAGGAAGACAUCAUCCCGUUCUUCCAGGCCGUGACGCUGUCCAAGGACUGCGACACCGUGCAGAAGUGCUACAUCGCGCUCUCGCAACAGGUCAGGGAGAAGCUCGGCAAGAUCGACCCUUACUUCGGCAAGCUCGCCGACGCCAUGGUCACAUGGAUCGAGGCCUGGGACAUGCUCAACUCUUCUUCCAAGGAGGCCGACGCCAACGGCAAUGCCAAGGGGAAGUAGCAUACUGGGCAGGCGGAUGAACACCGGCAGGCGGUAGCGUGCUUCUUCUAUUUGUAGGUUCAGUGCGUGCAUCAGGUUCAGGGCUGUUGCUGGUUUACGAUGUACCCCAAAAACAGUAGUCGUUGUUCUCUCUUCUGUUUACUUUUCCCGGCACCUUUCUUUUCUUUGUUGAGCGAAGGUGUUUUAGCAAGGUUUAGUAAGGUUAGCUUUUAGGCUACAAUUUCCGUGUGAUGAUUUGUGUACGCUGAAAUGUGAGAAUAAGAAUUGCUGAAUAAGCAUUGCAAA